UAGAACUACUUUCACUUGCAUAUAUAUUGCACUUACUGCUUUUGAGGUGGGUGGGACCUUCACUGUUAUAACUGAACGAUUAUACUCGCACUGAGUUGUAGCUGCAUUGCCAAUGAUGAGUUGCUUGCUGUGGAAAUCAGUUAUUGUCCUGAGCCUGGUUUGGGCUGUUGGAGGACAAUUGAGUGGAGAUGUGAGGCUGAUAGAUUCAUUGGGUUCAACAGAGGGUAGAGCUGGUAGACUUGAGGUCUUCUACAGUGGACAAUGGGGGACAGUGUGUCAGGACAGCUUCACUCCUAAUGAUGCAGUGGUGGCUUGUCGACAGUUGGGGUACACAGGUUACAGACUUUAUGGAAUUGUACGGACUGAUAGUGUCCUAGCAGUGCCAGUAUCCACUCCAAUAUGGUUGGACGACCUUCACUGCUCUGGAUCUGAAAGGAGACUAAUUGACUGUCCACAAAAUUCUAUUGGAUCUCAUAAUUGUGACCAUUCUGACGAUGUGGGAUUGUAUUGUGCAAUAAAUGGAGAUGUGAGACUAGUGACCACUACUGGAAGUAGUUUGUCUCCUUCUGGUCGACUGGAGUUGUUUUAUGAUGAUCAAUGGGGGACAGUGUGUGACGACAAUUUCGAUCCAAACGAUGCAAGAGUGGCUUGUCGUCAGCUGGGGUACGAUGAUUAUACUAACUAUGGACGAGUAGGAACAUUAGGUUUCUCCCGAGCAUCAUCAUUCACUCGGACAUGGCUGGACGAGCUUGAUUGUCGAGGAACUGAGAGCAGACUCAUUGAUUGUCCUGCUAACUCUAUUGGAUAUGAAGAUUGCACCCACACACAAGAUGUGGCCUUGAUCUGUACUGCAAAUGAAGGAGACCUGAGGUUGGUAAGCAGCUUAGGUCGAACAGGAGUCUCCUCUGGUAGACUGGAGUUCUAUUACAAUGGACAAUGGGGAACAGUGUGUAAUGACAGAUUCGACUCAAAUGAUGCAAUGGUGGCUUGUCGUCAGUUGGGCUACGAAGGCUACAGUAACUAUGGACGAGUAGGAACAUUAGGGAGCCAGACAUCAUCAAGCACUCCAACAUGGCUGGACGAGCUUCGUUGUGAGGGAACUGAGAACAGACUCAUUGAGUGUCCUGCUAACCGUAUCGGAGUUGAAGAUUGCACCCACACACAAGACGUGGCCUUGAUAUGUACUGCAAAUGGAGACCUGAGGUUGGUAGGCAGCUUAGGCAGAACAGGAGGCUCCUCUGGCAGAUUGGAGUUCUAUUACAAUGGAACAUGGGGGACAGUGUGUGACGACAGCUUCGGCUCAUACGAUGCAAGAGUGGCUUGUCGUCAGCUGGGGUACACAGGUUACACUACUCAGUAUGGACGAGUAAGAACAUUAGGUUUCUCCCAAGCAUCAUCAAGUACUCGGACAUGGCUGGACAAUCUUCGCUGCUCAGGAACUGAGAGCAGACUGAUUGAUUGUCCUGCUAACGCUAUCGGAGUUGAAGAUUGCACCCACACACAAGAUGUGGCCUUGAUCUGUACUACAAGAAACGGGUUCACUACAACAUCUGGUGGUGGAGAUAAUGGUGGGUCAAACGUCAUUGCUUAUUCCGGUGGAAGCGCUGGCUCUGGUACAUUCGGCUGUAUAGUCAUAUGCUGUUGUAUAUGCUGCUACCUCUACAUCAAGAAGUCCAAUUCCUCCCCCCCAUCCAGACAAAACAGUCCUCCUCUAUCGACACGGAAAUCAGUGAAGAUGAUUGUUUUCGCCAUAAAAGGAGAUAGUCCCCCCCCAUACACAAGUUGAUAACUUGACUAUACUAUUCAAGUAUAUAGUGUAUAGUGUAUAUUGUAGUUCCCCUAUAGAAAUGUUGUCACAGAACGAUGAACAAUUAUAUUUUUGUUAUAGUAGAUCUAUAAUGAUAAUAAUCCGACUAAAAAAAUAUGUGAAAUGUUGCUAUAGGAUUGGCAUAAUAUAUAUAAAUAUUAUAGUUUGUUGGCUCGAA